AUGGAGGGUCUGUUGCCUGAGGUUUUGCUGCGGGGCGAAACCGAAAACUUCGUGGAGUCGCUCAGGAGUUUCCAGCUGCGGGAUGUCGGAAGCCACGAGUGGCUACGGCAACAGGAAAUGAUUGAAAAACUGAACAUGCAAGCCAUACUGAGUGCUUCUGCUGGCCGUGAGCAGAUCCUUAUUGAGCUUCUGGUGAAUAAUGGCAAGAUCCCAACUCUCAUUGAAGAAUUAAUUACUGCGGCCAUUUGGAAGCAAAAGAUCUUCCCUAUAAUAUGCAAACUGGAGGAUUUCAAACCAAAAAGCACCUUUCCCUUGUAUUUAGUGCUGCGACAUGAAGCUUCAAUUAUUAAUUUCUUGGAGACAGUAUUUUUUCACAAGGAAAUCUGUGAAUCAGCAGAGGAUACCAUUCUGGAUUUAAUAGAUUAUACCCAUAAGAAACUGACUCUGUUAGCAGCUCAAAGUGCCAAUGGGAAGAUACCGUUUGAACCAAAGUUCCAACUUGGGGAUCUUGCCAAACUUUCAUCAAUGCAGGAACUAAAGAAGCAAGCUGAAAUGAUGGAGUUUGAGAUCUCACUGAGAGCUCUUUCAGUGUUCCGUUUUAUUACUGAUGUGAUAGAGAAUUUGCCAGUAAGUGCUGUAACAAGAGUGUUGAAUACCCACAAUUUUCCAUGCCUUCUGGUGCAGCUAUUAGAGCAUUGUCCAUGGACCAAUCGUGAAGGAGGAAAAUUGAAGAAAUUUGAGAAUGGUUCAUGGUAUGAGGUUGCCCCUGAAGAUCGUAUGAAGAUGACUAAAUUGGAUGGGCAAGUGUGGCUCGCUCUUUAUAACCUGCUCCUCAGCCCAGAAUGCCAACGCAAGUAUGAAUUCAAUAACUUUAACAAAGGCCAGCUCCUCAAGCUUCGUGCCUUCCUGACCGAUGUUCUUAUUGAUCAAUUUCCCAAUCUUUUGGAGAUGCAGAAAUACCUGAGCCAUCUUGCUGUAACAGAUCCUGCUCCACCCAAGAAGGACCUCAUACUGGAGCAGGUUCCCGAAAUCUGGGAUCAAGUUAUCAGAAAAAACUCUGAAAAAUGGCAAGCAAUUGCCAAGCACCAAGUAAACAAUAUGUUUAGUCCUUCAGAAGAGGAACUGAAAAGCCAGGCUUAUAGAUGGGCAAAGACAUAUAGCCUGGAUGUAAUGGAAGCCCUAAUGCCAGAUAAACCCAAGUGUGCAGUGUGUGGCUGUGAGGCCACAAAACGCUGUUCCCGUUGUAGGAAUGAAUGGUAUUGCAAACGAGAGUGUCAAGUGCAGCACUGGCAAAAGCACAAGAAAGCUUGCAAUUUGAUUGCUGAUACAGUGAAGAAAAUACAGGAAGAUGUACAGAUGCAAGCAACAUCCAUUAAGUAACUCCGAUUGUCAUUUAACCCUAACCCUAGCCCUCAUUUAACAAAUAUAUAACAUUCAGAAUGACAGAGAGAAAAAAGGCCACAAGGUUAAAAAUUAGUAAAAUACACAGAAAGCUUUUUUUAAGCAUUUGAUUUA